AUGGUUGCUUAUGUCAAAGAAAACUUUUUUUUGGUUCUUACUACUGUUCUACUUCUCUUUCUUGUGUCAUCAUCAAAUGGAAACUUUAGUAUGAUGAUUACAGAAAACGAGAUCGACACCAUAUGCGCAAAAAAAUUUCUCAAUUCUUCACUUUGUUAUGAGCUUCUAAAAUCAACUCCUAAAAUUGCAACUUUAGAUUUUUAUGGCCUUACCAAAUUUCUGAUCAAUUAUGACUAUCGAAACGUUUCAGAUGCAAUGAAUCAAAUAAAGUUGUCUGCAGGCAAUGCAACGGAUUUACAGACAAUUGAUUUAUGUGUAAGAUUAUAUGAAAAUACUCUUCAUGACACUGGUCUUAUCUUCGAAGCUCUGGCAGCAGAAAAUUACGUAAGAGUAGUCGAUUACAUCUUUCGCUUAAUUGGUGAUGUGAGUGCAUGUCAAGAAGAAUUACUAAUAAUGAAGCCAAGACUAGAAGACUCGAUCACGAGAAAUAAUGUCGUUAUGAAUAUAUCUUCCAUUAUAGCGUAUAUUUUGGAAUGUUACCUAGUAAAAGAUAAAACAAAAUGUUAA